AUGUUCUUCGUACAAGAGUGGCAUCUGAAGAGAACACUUGUUACAUGUUGUCAGUAUUGUUAAUCACGCCUUUUUGGUGUCAGCAGAUCCGAUCCGGGUUCCGAUAUCUUCAGAGUCUCUUCUCCACACAACUCUCACCACCAGCCAGCGGCCAAAAAUUUUGACCAUUUUAUUCUCCCUGAGAUAUCUCUUCUUUCGAUCUCUGUUUUUCUCGUUAUUUUUGCGAGGGUUUUAAGAAGGUUCUGCAUGAACAAAAAGCAAACACCCAAUGGUUCUUCUAUGGUGUCCUUUGGAGUUCCCAUGGAUGCUGAAGGCAGAGAUUGUGACGGUGAAGAAAAGGAAAUCGACGAAGCUUUUAUUUGUUGUAUCUGCCUGGAUCUUUUAUACAAGCCAAUUGUACUUGCAUGUGGCCACAUUGCUUGUUUCUGGUGCGUUCAUAGAGCCAUGAACAAUUUGCAGGAGUCCCAUUGUCCAAUAUGUAGGUGCCCAUAUAAUCAUUUUCCUAGCAUCUGUCAUCUACUUCACUUUUUGCUCCUGAAGAUGUAUCCUGUUGCCUACAGGAGAAGGGAAAAACAAGUGUUAGAAGUAGAACAAGAAAAUGAUAUCUUCUCGCCUCAGUUUGAUGAUCCUUUAAUCAGAUAUGAAGAAUUAAAUCAAUUCGAUGGUUGUGCACAUAUCUCUGCGGAUUCUCAGAUCAAAUUGUUAACAGAUUCUUGUUCCACUUGGAAAAUGAAUUCUUCUGCUAUUGAAGAAWCUUCAGAAUAUGAUGGAUCAUUUCAUGAUGGUGCCACUGCUAUUCCUAAAAAGGAUUCUGCAGGGAAUUUUGAAGCCACAAAAAAUCUAGCUGUUGAACAAAACAGAAAUGAUCUUAAUGACAGAAUUUGCAAGCAGAUUUCUGUCACUGAUGUAAUGUGUGCAAAAUGCAAGCAACUGCUCUUUCAACCUGCAGUUCUUAAUUGUGGUCAUGUUUAUUGUGAAUCUUGUAUAGCCACUAAUGUGGAUGACACACUUAAAUGCCAAAUUUGCCAAAGUCUGCAUCCAAAGGGAUGUCCAAAAGUAUGUUUGGAGCUUCAUAAUAUUUUGGAGAAACAAUUCUCUGUAGAAUAUGCAUUGAGAAGAGAGGCAGUCCAGCACAAGCAAGUCCUUUGUCGAAGUGGGAAUCCAUCAAUUGGGACAAUGCAAGAUGGGAAACAGGGUUCGAGAAUGCUCUUGUCAACUAUCAGAGACAGCUUAUCUUGGUUCACUGAGCAUGAACCAAAGGUUCACUUUGGUGCUGGUUGUGAUUCGUGUGGGGUAAUUCCUAUAGUUGGGGAGAGGUAUAGAUGCAAAGAUUGUGUGGAACGAAUAGGUUUUGACUUGUGUGGAGACUGUUACAAUACAAGCUCCAAGCGUCCAGGUCGAUUCAAUCAGCGGCAUACACCAGAUCACAAGUUUGCGCUUGUCAAGUUAAGGUUUAGGUUCGUAGUUGAACGAGAUGGUGAUACUUCUGUUCAACUUGUCUCAUAUGAUGCUUCGGAGGAUCAACAAGAUGAUUCACAUGUUCCCACUGAUAAACAGUCAGAUGACGGUUCUACUGUUCAAUUUGUCUCCUAUGAUGCUUUAGAGAAUCAACAAGAUGCUUCACAUGUUCCCACUGAUGAUGCUGCAGAGGGUAGGGAAGAUGCUACACCUGUUCCUAUGGGUGAAUCUAGAUGAUCAGGAAGCUGGUUCUGGGUCUCCCACCUUCAUCUCUAAUACCAGAAGGCACCAAUUCUGCCAUGUGAAAUAGUAAGCUUCAAAAACUCUGAUGAGUGUGUGAUGUGCAUUGUGGAACUAUUUAUGUGAACAUCAUCAAAAUUCAAAAACAAUUGGAGACUGAAAAAACCUAGUUUAUACAGAUAUUUUAAGAAAGGGGAAAAUGAUUGUUUGGUAGUUUAUC